UUUAAAACUAACAGAUAGAAAUGCUAAAGGACAGAUUUUUGUUUUGCCUCCCGUUGCCUUAGAGCAGCUUAGGAAAUAAUAAUUAAUGCAGGUGAAAGAAUCCAGUACAGAAAUGGAGGAAGAGAGAGCUUACGGUGCUCACGUUGUGGUUUUCCCGUUUCAUGGACAAAGCCAUAUAAAUCCAAUGCUCCAACUCUCAAAGCGCUUGGCCUCGAAAGGGCUCAAAAUCACAGUAGCCACGACACUCUCUGGCAUGAACUCCAUGCAAGCUGGAACUGGGUCGAUUGCAUUUGAACCAAUUUAUGAUGACUGCAUUGAAGGUGGGUUUGCAGGACCAGGUGGGUUGAUCGGCUUCUUGGAGAGGUUUAAGGCAAGCGCCACACGUUGUUUACCUGAUCUCAUCAAGAAAGCAGAGAAGUCUGAGUACCCUGUGAAGUGCCUGGUGUAUGAUGCUAAUUUACCUUGGGCUCUGAACAUAGCCAAGCAACUGGGUGUUUCUGGUGCGGCAUUCUUCACACAAUCCUGUGCUGCUAUUGCAAGCUACUACCCGAUGUAUAUGGAGAUGUCUGAUGAGCCACUUCCGGUGCCUGCUUUUUCAAUGCCUGGAUUGCGGCCACCUGGAAUUCCAAACUUGCCAUCAUUAGGUUCAGUUGAAGGACGUUUUCCCCCUAUAAUCAGAAUCAUAUUGAACCAAUUCAGCAACAUUGAGAAGGCAGAUUGGAUUAUUUUUAACUCAUUUGAUAAGUUGGAAGAAGAGGAGAUAAAUGUGUGUAAAAUACAGGUUAUAAAAUGGAUGGCCAAUCUCUGGCCCGUAGUUAGGACCAUCGGACCAACUGUGCCAUCUGUUUACCUUGACAAGAGGGUGAAAGAUGAUGCAGAUUAUGGUUUCAAUCUCUAUAAGCCAAACAGUGAGACCUGCAUGAGUUGGCUUAACACAAAGAAACCUGGUUCGGUGGUGUAUAUUUCAUUUGGCAGUACUGCUGCAGGUUUGAAUGCUGAACAGAUGACAGAAAUGGCAGGGGCCCUAAGGCAAACUAGCAGCAACUUCUUGUGGGUGGUGAAGGCAAACGAAGAUAGCAAUCUCCCUAAUAACUUUGUGGAGGAGACAUCAACAAAAGGAUUGUUGGUAGCAUGGUGCCCACAGUUGGAGGUGUUGGCCCAUCCUGCCAUUGGAUGCUUCGUAACACAUUGCGGAUGGAACUCAACAGCUGAGGCAAUAAGCUUUGGAGUGCCAAUGGUGGGAAUGCCACUGUAUUUAGACGAAAUGACUAAUGCAUAUUUUUUGGAGACAGUUUGGGCAGUGGGUGUUCAGCCAAAAGUAGAUGAGAAAGGUCUUGCGACUAGGGGAGAAAUUGACAGAUGCAUCAGUGAAGUCAUGCACGGAGAGAGAGGGCAGGAGAUUAAGAAGAAUGCUAUGCAGUGGAAAAAGUUUGCCAAGGAGGCAGUGGAUGAGGGUGGAAGUUCUGAUAAGAAUAUAAACGAAAUUGUUGCUCGACUAGUGGGCACCUGA